AUGUCUUAUGGCGGCAGGCAGCUGGCCUACGCGCCGACGCCCUACAUGCCGCGCUCCAAUCUCUCCGCGACCAUCAACCUUGACGAGGAAGUCAAACUGUCUGCAACCAAUGCAGAGCGCGACUUGAACGACUCGCUGGCCGAGAUCUACAGCAUCAUCAUCACGCUCGAUGCCAUAGAGAAGGCCUACCUGAAGGACUCCAUCGCCGAAGCCGACUACACCGAGACAUGCAACCGGUUGAUGAAGCAGUACAAGUCCAAUCUUGCCAAUGAGACAGUCGCGCAAGCAUUUGGCACUCUGGACCAGUUUGCGAAGGAGUGGCAGAUGGAAUGUCCCCGAGCCAUCGAGCGACUACGCGUUGGCAUACCCGCGACUAUCGAACAAGGUCCAUCGAGACCAACUCAGGGAGGCGACUUUGCUGAUGCGACGCUCGUCGUCAACGCGACCGAGACUUUCAUCACUCUGCUCGAUGCCAUCAAGAUUGGGCUGGUAGAGAAGGACACACUGCAUCCUCUGCUUGUCGAGAUCAUACAAGCUGUCAACAAGGUCACGGACGUCGAUUUCGAGAGCAAAGGCAAGAUUGUGCAGUGGUUGAUUACCCUGAACCAGAUGCGGGCGGCUGAGAAGUUGAGCGACGAGCAGGCGCGCGAGUUCCAAUUUGACAUGGACUCGGCCUACUAUGGCUUCAAGACAACCCUGAAGAAGGCUUAG